CCAACCAAAGCUUAUAGCAAACUUGUUUUUUGGCUAUUUGUUGAUGGCUACAACAGAGUUAAUGCAAAGAUGAGCUUGAGUUGUUUUAUUUUUGAAUGAAAAGGCAAUAUGUAUUAUUUGUUUUAAUUUACAGUUAAAUUAUUAUUAUUUAUGUAAUCAGGGAUAUUUUUUUUUUCUUAAAUGUCGCAGAAGCACUUUGUUCUUAUAUAUGCACUGCCUACCUUGAGUUGAGUUGUUUCAUUUUUGAAUGAAAAGGCUAUAUGUAUUUCUUCCUUUAUUUUACAUUUAAAUAAUAAGAAGCACUUUGUUCUUACGUGAACUGCCUACCUCUUUGCACUUUAAUAAAAAAGGAUAUUAUUUGUUUUUGCAGUAGUUUUUUUUUGGGGGGUAUUUUUCCUGUAAGGAUAUCGAGAUAUAUAUAUCGUAUAUCCAGAUAUAGCAAAAUAUAUCGAGAUAUAUUUUUUGCUCCAUAUCGCCCAGCCCUACCACAAACUAUCUUUACCGCGGUGACGUGAUGACACUUCAGCAUUCUAGACAAGAGUAAGUGAAUAUCUCCUCCAGAAGCAGGGAUGGACUCUGUUCCCGGCUCAGAUGUCCCUGUGGCCAUUUUACAGAAACAAAUAAGUUCUUCCAAGAGCCCUGAAGAAAAAGCGAGACUUGAAAACAAACUGAGCGAGCUAAUGCUGGCAAGAGAACUGAUCAGAGGCUCCAUGCUGCAGGUAGUUAAAAAGGCCACAUAUUCUCCAGAGCAAGCAAAACGUGUUCAGAAACCAGACACCACAGGCCACAUGUGCAAAGCCUACAAGGAGGUUGUAGAAUAUUACAGAGUCAUGUGUUACAACUGGCAUGAGCCAAAGUAUAAGUCAGCACUUCAGCAUUUCCAUAUGCUUGCUAAUCUUUGUGAGGAAAACAUCCCAGUGGAACGCAUUAAAUCUGCAAUUGAUGAGUGUAAAGGCAAGAAAGAUGGAAGAUCACGACCAUGAUGACUGAACAUUACCUGGAACUCUACUGAAAACAUGCAUUUUUGCAGUUACAAAUGUUCAUUUUCGAAAUGUAAACUUAUCUAGUCAUUAACAACUCCUGUGCUUCAAAUGCUUUACGUUUUAAGAUAUUACAUUUUCUGUUUUAUGCUAAUGUUGUUUUUCUCUUUUUUUUUCCCAAGCUCUGCAUACAUAGAUAUGCACACAAAUAAAAGCACCAUAAGCAAAUAAAAAAGCCCUCUUUAAUUUAAAGCAUUUUUAAAUAGCAUGCUUCCACAAGGUAUCAAAGUUUGUCAUAUUUAAACAAAAAUACUGUUUUUCAAGACAUGAUUUAGAAUGUGAGGUAAUAUACAGU